AUGUAAAGAUAUAGAUAAGUAUUUUUAAAAUAAUAAUUUUUUUAUUUUUUUUUUUAAUUUAAAACAAUAAAUAUUUUAAAAAAAAGCCACUCAUAAAAUUGCAGUUAAUAAUAUUCUUAAUUAUAAAAAAUAGAUUUAGAUAUAUCUUAAUAAAAUAAUUAAUCAAUUAUAUCAAAUCUAGAUUAAUCAUCUUUAAAUUCUUCUAAUAUUUCUAAAAAAAGCAAAUUAUGUCUAGAUGAUUACGAGUUUAUAAAUAAACCAAAAAAAGAGACAAGUGAAUUAGGAAAAGGAGCUUUUGGUUAAGUAAAAUUGGCAAAAGAAAAAAAAACAGGUCGUAUAGUUGCAAUUAAGGAAAUAAAUAAAAAAAUUCUUUUAUAAAAUUCUACAGUUGAUCAUUUAAGAAGAGAAAUAAAACUAUAAAAAAAAUUAAAUCAUCCACAUAUAUUGAGACUUUUUGAUAAAUUUGAAGAUACUCAAAAUGUGUAUUUGACAUUAGAAUUUGCAGAAAACGGUUCUUUGUUUGAUUAUUUAAAAAGGAAAAAAAAAAUAAGCGAAAAAGAGUCUUUUAUUUAUUUUUUUUAAACAUGUUUAGCUUUAGAUUAUUUACAUAAAAAAGAUAUAAUACAUAGGGAUAUUAAACCUGAAAAUCUCCUGUUGGAUAAUAAAGGGAAUAUUAAAUUAUGUGAUUUUGGAUGGAGUGCAGAAAUCAAUAAUAUUCUUUCAAAAAGAGAAACUUUUUGUGGAACUCUUCAUUAUAUGUCUCCGGAAAUUUUAAAAAGUUAAAAACAUGAUAAAAAAGCAGAUAUAUGGUCUUUAGGGAUACUUUUAUAUGAAUUAACGCAUGGCUUUCCGCCUUUCAAUAGAAAAGGAAUGUCUUCUAAAGAAAAAAGCUAGAAGAAAUUAGUCUAGCGUAGUCGAAUGGUAUUUAAUUUAAUGAUUAAGAUACUUUUAAUUUAAAAAAUAUAAUUUCUAUAAUACUUAAUAUAAAUCCGGAAGAAAGACCAGACUUUAAAGAGAUUUUCAAUCAUUUAUGGGUUUAAGAAAAUAGCAAACAUUUUAAUAUAGAACCUUUAUAAUGUCUUUAUAAAAAAAAUACUAAUCUUUAUUUAGAUUAAUAAUAAACAUCUCCAACAUUUAAACAAAGAUCUUUAUCUUCUAUAAAUAAUUAAAUAUAAUCUGCUUUGA